AUGUCAUUGUGGUUGCUUGCUCGUCUUCUGCUUGUGACUUGCUGUUUUGAUGCCAGUGCCGAAGACUCGCAAUUGCUCGCCUUCUCCAAACAGCUCAUUAGCCGAUUUGAGGAGCAGUCUAGGGCUGAAUUGCUCGUCGAGCCAUUUGACAACAUCAAAUCGAAUAUUCGAGUCAAAUCCGAGUAUCCGCAGGAGGCGCUGAACAGCGCAAAGAAGAAAUUAGAGCAACUGUUUGCCGAUAGGACUAGAGCUCUUCAGAAACUCACUCGAAGUGCUGAAGAAGCAGCCAGUUUUUAUACUGAGUACAAUGAUUCAAAGAACAUUUCACAAGACGAGUCGGUUUGCAUGAAAUUCGAACAGCUUCUGAAUGAAUCGGACGUUCGUGAAGCAUCCAACUCGGCCACCAAGACAUCCGGGGUACAUGUCAGCAUAGAAUCUUACCGAUGUGAUGCAAAAGUAAUCCGCGACUUCAGUUGGACUAGAGCUGAGAACGUUGAAAGGACUAUGGCCGAGAAUAAACGAGAUGAUGAAUCAAUGAGGCAUCAAUUCAUCGGCACCUACAGUGGCGUGACAAGGAUGUAUCCGAGACGACACUGGAGGAUCGAGCCGGCUCCAAUCACCAUCGACCUUUUUGAUCCAAAAUUUCGACCAUGGUUUGUGAAUGCUGAGUCGCCACCCAAGGACAUUGUCUUUCUUAUUGAUUACUCUGGUAGCGUUAAAGGACCAACAAUGCAUCUCAUAAAAAUCACAAUGAUGUACAUAUUGUCAACGCUCUCACCAAAUGACUUCUUCUUUGGUGUCUACUUCAAUUCUCAUUUUGCUCCAGUGUUGCCUUGUGCAAAUGGCACUUUUCUUCCUGCUACGACCAGCAAUAAAAAGAUUUUCUUUGAACGACUUGGUGAGAUUGAAGAAAAAGAUCAGGCACAUGUCUCUCCUCCGUUAAAAUUCUCCCUAGAUGCUUUGAAAGGGAACCUGAAUUCAAGCAACUCCGUAUUCAAGAAUUAUCGAUCCGGUGGUCAUAAGAUUCUUAUGUUGUUUACGGACGGACUCGAUGAGUGGCCUCAUGCUGUCUUGGACCAAGAACUUGAGCAUACUGAUGGAGACGUUAUAAGAAUAUUCGGAUUUUCGAUGGGCUACGGUACCGGACAAUUGCCAGUGUUACAUUGGAUGUCAUGCAUGUCUUUCGGAAAGUAUUCUGUAGUUGACUCGAUUAUGGAUGUAAAACCACAGUCAAGAGCAUUUUUGGAUCAUCUGUCAAAUGCUCUGGGACGCACGCUUGCGAACACAACUGUUGAGUCGAGGAGAAUCAGCUGGACUAAUCUCUAUAUGGAAGUGCAAGGCCUAGGACCUACAAUAACGAUUUCACUCCCAAUACUUUCUAAGCAAGAAGGAAUUUGGGCUGAUCAGAACUUGGCUGGAAUAGCUGGUAUCGACAUUGCCUUGUCAGAGCUAACCGAACGUCUACCCAAAGGAGAGCAAAUGUACGGAUUUAUCGCGGAUAACAAUGGAAUAAUCAUCUACCAUCCAAAGCUUAUCAUACCGACUACCGAAGUGCAUGCUGUCCGUCGUAGCGCUUGUUAUGAUGCGUCGCAGGUUCGCUUUCGAGCUGGUGCUGGGCUUAGGGUUCAAUAUGGGUUUAGCGAUCAGCGUGUAUAUCGACUUGUCGGUCUUAUUGAUAGUAUACCAACUAUUGAUUUGCUCGAGCUCGAAGGAAAUUCCAGUGCUGUGCGUCGUCUUCGACACGGCAUCAUAACAUCAGAAUGUGGAAGUGAAGCAAUUUUGGAUGGUGAUCGCGAAUACUACUGUGCCAAUCUCGAAGGAUCACCAUUUUCUGUAGUAAUUGUAAAUUCUGUAAAACGGCAGACUUUGGUAUAUGCCGAGAAGUUAAGCACGAUUGACACAGCGGACAAUUCACUAGUCAACUACUACUUAUCUAGCAGAACGAUUUGUGGUUGGAAGCUUGACCCACUGCCAGCCACAUCGCGAUUCGAUGCCCUGCAAGGGAUUGCUUGUGAAGAUGACCUCAGCCUACCAUUUGCGCUAACAAACGCGCUGAAGAAAUGGGCGGAGUCAUGGCCAGAAUACGAUAUGAGUGCGAAUUUCUCAUGUGAAGAUCUUGCGUUAACGUCGGAAUUUCCAAGGCGAUAUUUUAUCAACGCUUUUGUCCAUACUCGUUCACAGAUAGAAGUCUUCUUUCCGAGUUGUACAAAAUCCUAUAUGAAGGACGCGAUAGCAAAAUUCGACGAAGAAAGAGUUGAUAAAGAAGUUGGUGGUAGACCGCUACAGUUUGCGGUACGGAAUGAUGUCACAGUCGCGUACCGAUCGAUAACCGACCGCUACGAUAACCGAUUGGCUGUUUUUGGAGUCCAAUGGAGAAUGCCUUAUGUGAAUGCCUUAUUCACUAAUUGGACUCGAGCAAGCACGCAAUGGUCUGAUUGCAAGAAGAUGGACUGCCUCAUCAUAACAAAAAGUGGAUUUGUGCUAGCUUCUUCAACAAAAAGGCAACCGGCACCAUUGCCUCGAUUUGAUCCGCAACUAUUCACUAGUCUGGAGGAAAACCAUCUUGUAAAGACGACUACUUGGGUUGAUGCGCAAGCUGAGUGCAUGGCUAGUAGAGCGGCGCCAUGGUCCAGUCCUGCGCCAUAUCGUGCAAAUCCGUUUAAGGCAAUUUUCAACACUGUGGCAACGCUUAUAGGGAAAACGUUUUGGAUCGAUCUGUACUACUUGAUGACAUCGUUCGUUGCUGGCCAACCGUCAAUGUCGGGAGGAAUAUGUCGAUUUCAAAGAAUAAAGCCUGUCGAGAGGAGACGUAGCGCUGCCGAAAAUGAGGCCUACAAACGCUUCCUCGCAAUGUAUCCAUUGUCUGAUAAUUCUCAAAAGGAUCAUAGUCACAGGUGCUUUUUACGACACACCAACUACGAGAUGACUCUGAAUAUUUCGAGACAAAUACAGCUCAGUGACAUGAAAUGUGCCAGAUACGCAAGGGUUUAUCCUAUACCAGGAACGACACUGACUCUCAUACGUGCCGAUCGCGCUUGCCCUGGAUACAGAUCUAGGAAAAAAUAUUUUAUUCAGCCGCAGAGAUUGGUGAGUUGUGAAACGGUCACAUACUUCGAAAAAAGGAUACCUAUCCAGUUCAACAUUAGUGAAGAUCCAAAUAAGGGGCCCAUCUCCAAGUGCCCAAUCACCGAUUCUGGAGGCUCUGUCCAACGUUCAGUGCAAGUGCUAGCCUACACAGUCAUAAUGAGAUAUUUAUUGUAGGCUAGACUUUAUAAGAAAAUUUCACUUAUGACAGCGUACUACAAAAGUCUACGAAUACGUCACUUUUGCAUUACGAGUAUUGAGAUUUAAUGUACACAAUAUUGCAUAAAUUUCAUUGGUUCAGUGUAUUGCAUGUGCUAUAUCCAUUUCUGCGUUGAUUUUCAUAGUCUGACGUGUAGUAUAUCCA